AUGUCACGAGUCGAAAAACGUAAAUUAAAUACGAUGGCCGCUCGUCGAUAUCGACAAAAACGCGUUGAUCAAAUGAGUAGCCUCGAAGCUGCCCUCAGAGAAGUCGAACGUGAGCGAGAUGCUUUGAAAGUACGUGUUGCAAAGUUGGAAGGCGAGACGGAUAUUUUGAAAUCAUUGUUGAGUAAGAAGGAUUAA